AUGGCAGAUAGUGAAUCUGUUGUUACCGAAGCAUCUGCACAUUCUGCUGCUGAGACAUAUGCUUCGGCUGGCUAUGCCGAGUCUGGGUCAAAUCUUGCUCCCGAGGCAAGUGUUGCUGUUGAUCAACCUGCUGGAGAAGGUGCUCAGUCCACUUCAGCCUAUGGAUUUGGUUAUUCUAAUUCUGGUGAUGCGAAUGCUUAUACUGGGGAUCCGAAUUCUGUUCUACAACAAGCCCAGUUCAAUGCAACUGGUGAAUCCAAAGCACCUGGUGGAGUGCCUGAUGCUAACGAGGCCUCUGCCGGGCUUGGAAGCACAGCUGAUGAGCCUGCUAUGGUUUCCGACUACAGUUCGUCUGUAAAUGGUGGUGGUGUCAGUGCACUGGCAAAUUCUGCUGGACAUGUCAACGGGAAUGCAUUGGAAAACGUUGAUGGGUCGGCUGAUGAAAAACAGCUUGCAGAUGGUUAUGCAGCUGCUUUGUCUGCUGAGGAAGAUCGACUAUGGAAUAUUGUAAGAGCUAAUUCAUUAGAAUUCACUGCCUGGACUUCCUUGAUUGAAGAGACAGAGAAGGUAGCCGAGGACAAUAUUCUUAAGAUUCGAAGAGUCUAUGAUGCCUUUCUAGCAGAAUUUCCUUUGUGCUAUGGUUAUUGGAAGAAAUAUGCCGACCAUGAGGCACGUGUUGGAUCUGUAGAUAAAGUUUUUGAAGUGUAUGAGCGUGCUGUUCAAGGGGUUACGUAUUCAGUGGACAUGUGGUUGCAUUAUUGCAUAUUUGCUAUAAGCACAUAUGGGGAUCCAGACACUGUUCGUAGAAUGCGUGCAACAGUGAUAUCUCCCUUGUAUGGCGGAAAAGCUUUGAUGGGAUUACAUGCCAGAAUGCUUUUUGAACGGGGAUUAGCUUAUGUUGGAACAGAUUAUCUUUCUUUUCCUCUGUGGGAUAAAUACAUUGAAUAUGAGUACAUGCAGCAAGACUGGGCUCGCCUUGCCAUAAUUUAUACCAGAAUUUUAGAGAAUCCAAAUCAACAAUUAGAUCGGUAUUUCGGCAGCUUCAAAGAGUUAGCUGGAAACAGACCUUUGUCAGAGUUACGAACUGCUGAAGAAGCUGCUGCAGUGGCAAGUGUUACUUCAGAGGCUUCUGGCCAAGUUAUUGAGGGAGAGGUUCAUCCUGAUGGUGCAGAGCAGUCUCCUAAAUCUGUAAGUGCUGGCUUAACAGAAGAAGAAGAGUUGGAGAAGUAUAUCGCCAUUAGAGAAGAGAUGUAUAAAAAAGCUAAAGAGUUCGAUUCUAAGAUCAUUGGUUUUGAAACAGCUAUCAGGAGGCCCUACUUUCAUGUACGACCUCUCAAUGUUGGAGAGCUUGAAAAUUGGCACAAUUAUCUAGAUUUUAUAGAACGGGAAGGUGACUUGAGCAAGAUUGUCAAGUUGUAUGAGAGAUGUGUCAUUGCAUGUGCCAAUUAUCCCGAAUAUUGGAUUCGCUAUGUUUUGUGUAUGGAAGCCAGUGGAAGAAUGGAUCUUGCAAAUAAUGUUCUUGCCCGAGCCACCCAAGUCUUUGUUAAGAGACAACCGGAAAUACAUCUUUUUUGUGCCCGGUUCAAGGAGCAGAAUGGAGAUAUCGAUGGUGCUAGAGCUGCGUAUCAACUUGUGCAUAGUGAAACUUCUCCUGGCCUUCUUGAAGCAAUAAUUAGGCAUGCCAAUAUGGAAUACCGAUUGGGAAAAAUGGAGGAUGCCUUCUCCUUGUAUGAGCAGGCCAUUGCUAUUGAGAAAGGAAAAGAACAUUCGCAAACAUUGCCUAUGUUGUUUGCACAGUAUUCUCGGUUUGUAUAUUUGGCUUCAGGGAACGCAGAGAAGGCAAGACAGAUUCUAGUUGAGGGUCUGGAGAAUGUUUUGCUGUCAAAACCACUACUUGAGGCUUUAUUGCAUUUUGAGGCUAUUCAACCCUUGCCAAAGCGCGUUGAUAUUGACAUACUGGAGUCAUGGGUUGUCAAAUUCAUAAUGCCUAACUCAGAAAGUCCUAGUGUAGCAAGUGCAACUGAGCGUGAGGAACUAUCUAGUAUUUUUCUGGAGUUUUUAAAUCUCUUUGGAGAUGUUCAAUCAAUUAAAAGGGCCGAGGAUAGGCAUGCAAAGUUGUUUUUGCCACACAGAAGCAUGUCAGAGUUGAAAAAACGUCAUGCUGAGGAUUUCUUAGCUUCAGACAAAAUAAAAGUUUCAAGAACUUAUUCUGUUCAGUCACCUGCCCAAUCUGUGAUUGGUGCAUAUUCAAAUGCACAAAACCAAUGGACCAAUUAUGGAGUACAACCUCAAACAUGGCCUCCAGUUACACAAGCACAAGGACAACAGUGGACUGCUGGCUAUACCCAGCAGCAGGCUUCUUAUGGGGCUUAUGCAGGAUAUGGGGGCAACUAUGCAAACUCUCAAUUGCCUACAUCAGUUCCGCAAAGUACUGCAUACGGAGCCUAUCCUCCAGCGUAUCCUCCACAGCCUGCGGUUCCUCAACAAAAUUAUGCACAACCUGUUGCAGCUCCUGCACAACAACCUGCUGCAGUUCCUCAAGCCUAUUACGGCAGUUAUUACUAA